UAAAUCCUUAAACAUGCUAUUUAUAAUUCUUUAUUUCCAAGAAAUUUCGCAAUUUUAUGGUUGUAUAAAUUAUCUUGUUAGGCGUGUGUACAAGAUGUUUUAUACCUUGUAAAUGAGUAUUUAUGCUGUACAGUUUUUAGGAUAUUAAAAAGAUCAAUGAAGGAAAAAGGAAUGUGUUUUAUAUGACGGAAAGGAUAUUAUUUUUGGUGAUUAAUGUGAUAUGAAUAUUUGUCCUGGUUAAUUUAUUUAUCUACUAGAAAAAAAAAUGGAAGAUGACGUUGGUUGUUGUAGAGUUAAUGUCAAUACACCACAAACUGGCCCAGCAUAUGGAACCCCUGAAGCAGUGGGAAGACAAGGUCAGGCCUUCAGUUCAAUGAGAAAAAUAGCGAUAGUUCAAUGCGGAUUGGGAGUUAUUACCCUUAUAUCAAGUAUUGGAGCCCUAGUUGUAGGUGCUAUGGCCAUAAAAGUCACUUAUCCAAUAGUUGAUGGAAUGCCUCUACUUACAGCUAUCUUGGCUUUGUUGUCUGGCUAUUUUGCCUAUAAAGUUUCCAUUUGUAAACCUGAAACCGAAGUUAAACGCUCAACUAAAUGCUAUGUUAUAACACAUUAUGUUUUCUGUGUAACUAAUGUAUCAAUAGCAUUUACAGCUUGUACAUUUGCUGGAUGGGCAAUAGCAAUUUGUAGCAACCAAAAUACACCUCAAAAUAUUGGUGCAUGUGAGCCCAACCAUGAACUAAUAAUGACAUUCAAUAUCAUUAACUGUAUAUCAUUCUUACUGAUUGCGAUAUCUAGUAUCUGGGGAUUGGUGUUAUUUUGUUUAUAUGCAAGAAUAUUUGGAUUCACCAAUCAACGCGAUAGGGUUAACCAACUUGAACGGAGAGUAGCCAAUUUGCAGUCUCAGUUGGAUCGAGCUAAUAAUGAUCCACCACCACCAUACAGUACAGGUUAUGAUAAUAAGAAUUAUCAAACAGUAUAUGAUGAGAAGUAACAUACUAUCUAAAAGUCAAGAGAUAUUACAUAUAAUAAUUAUAUACAUUAUACAUUUU